AUGUACGUGAAGGAUGAGGACCAGGGUAUGUUUGGGCUGAUUGGAGAAAAUCUGAGCCAUGUCCAGGAUAUGGUCUAUGAUGUGAACAAUCAGUUGAGAUCAAUGAUGGAAUCGGGAGGUCUGGCUUAUCUGGAACUGGACCCAAUAUCCUGCUGUUGCUACCUGGAGGGAUUGGUAGGGACGAGUCGAUCAGAUUUUGGUAUUCAAUUGAGUCAAGACAAGGGAUUUGACUACAAACUGUUUACUAUGAUUGCUUGGGAUCCACCCGGUUAUGGGUAUAGUAGACCACCGGAAAGGGCGUAUGGAAAAGAUGUCUAUAAAAACGACGCCGAUUUAGCGGCAGAAUUAAUGGCGAAAUUAGGUUAUAAUUUGUAUUCAUUACUGGGUUGGAGUGACGGUGGAAAGGUAGCUCUAUUGAUGGCAAUUAAAUACCAAUCACGAAUUGAUAAGCUGGUCGUGUGGGGUACCGGGGCUACGGUGACCGACAAUGAAAGAAAGACAUUAAAUAUAUUCAGAAAUGUUUCCCUAAUAAAGGCCGACUCGAGAGAGUUGUAUGAGAAAGAGUACGGACAGGGAUUUCAGGCAAUGGUCGACAAACUGGCCGAUCAUUACACCUAUUUAGAUGAUAUCUGUAAGGAUGAGGUCCACAAAAUUAGAUGUCCAACGUUUGUAAUUCACGGCGAUAAUGACCCAGUUGCAUUAGAGCAUCCACUCUAUCUCAAUGAAAAGAUAUGUGACGCAAGACUUCAUCGUUUUAGACGUGGAGGACAUGACUGUCAUAAGGAGUUCAGUGAGGAGUUCAAGAAGAUUGUCACCGAAUUCCUACUCGAAUAG